AUAAGUAAUCUAUGGAUGGUUUUAUUACAGUAUAUGGAUGUACAUAGGUUCUAUACAAAUACUACAUCAGUUUGUGUCGGGGAUUUGAGCAUCUGCGGAUUUUGCUAAAGGGGUCCUGAAACUAAUCCUCUGUGGAUAAUAAGAGGGGACUGUAUACUGUGUGUAUAAGGCCAAUAGUUAGAAGGCCUACAGGGAAUUCUCGGGUUAUCUAGAAACCGUCUCCCCUCCCCCAAAUCCUUCCCUUUAGCCUAGGGGAUGGUGGGGGCGGUCUCCUAGGAGACCAAGGUCGAAAGCGCGCAUGCGCAUACGGAGCGCCAGGCUGAUGCAACCUCACCCAGGCGAGCAGCUCUAGAGUAAGGAAGCCGACGGGGAAAUUUGACAAGACCAAUCGGGCUCCUCUGGGAAGUGGCAGAAAGGUCCGCCCACAGGGGCUCUGCGAAUGACGCUAGGCGGCGCAGAGUUAGUGGCGUAGACGCUCGCUGUCCCCCGUCUCAUCUGGUGGCUGGGGUGUUCUGCCUCCUCGCUGGCCCUGCGGCCAUUUUGGGCUUCUCAACCCUUCCGGUGUCGCGCUGCUCAGGGGCUUUUUUAACGGUCGGUCUCUCCGGAAAAGUCGGUUCCAUCACCGCGGAACGGCUCCUAUCUAUGGUGUUGACACCUCCAGAGGACUAGGACACGUCCUUUCCUGACAGGAUGGAAGUCGCUUCAGCCGUCGCCUCCUCCGCGGGCCGUCCGGCGCUGUGGUCUGCUGCCCGUAGCCGAAGCCGCUGCCUUCUGUGGCUUUUCUGCUGGCCCGGCGAUCGGCCUGGAGUACCGAUUCCGCCACUAGGCGAGGCCGAGACUGUGUAGGCCUCUGAAUCGCGUCCGACCUCCAGCCGCAGAAUUACGCCGGCCUACGGCGAGAGACUGCCAAGAAAAAGGAGAUGGAGCCGGGGACUGGCGGAUCGCGGAAAUGGUCCGCUCCUCGGGCGGGCUCCCAGUCCUGGCUGCCUUUCUUUUUUUCUAGGCGAUCGCUUCCAGCCUCUUCCAAAUUCCCUACACCUUCUGACCCAGAAAAUUUCAGGGACACUACCCUGCUUUCCUCUGCUCAGCCCGAGCCUCGGACCCGCUACUGGACCAAGCGGCUUUCCCAGCUCCUUGCGCCGCUCCCCAGCUUGCUUCAGAAGCUGCUGAUUUGGAGUCACAUCCAAAUUAGUGGGCCGAUUCCGACAAGAUGGCUAGAUUUUUCUGGAGGCUACAGCGCUCUGAGAGUCCUGAAAGGACGGGAGGAAGCAGCCGAUCCCACAGCGGAGAAAUCUUUGAGUUCGCUGCGGUUCAACUCAUCAGACUGCUCAGUUGCCAGUCCCCUUGAUUGGCUAGAGGAGGGGAUCUGCUGGCAGUGCGCGUCCUCGCACCUAGAAUUGGACCUUAAAACCAGGGGAAGUACUUUGGACCGUGCAGUACACGUGCUUCUUUUAGAGCAGCAGCAGCGGAAAGUAGAGCUGUUGCCGAGUGGCGUUCAGUGCCAUGUGUACUCUGACCAGGAACUUGGCUCUUCACCCUCCGGCCCUCUCAGCGUUCAGCGCUUAGGCAAUUUCAACGUAGUAUCCUAUUUGCUGAACUCCACCUACCUGGACCGCCGUCCCCAGCUGGAGCUCAGCUAUCAGAACCGCGCUGGAAGUGGCCAGCUAGUUGAUUUCCAGGAACUAACUCCGGAGUAUAGCUGCCUGAUUGAGGACGAUUGUCAUCCCCAGCCACUGAAUGCAGAGAUAUCUCCAGCCACAUGGCAGGAAUGUCCACCACUUUCUAGAGAAGGCCUGCCAGAAAUUCACCAUCUUCGCAUGAAACGGCUGGAAUUCCUUCAGCAGGCUAGCAAAGGGCAGGAGUUACCCACCCCUGACCAAGAUAAUGGCUACCACAGCCUGGAGGAGGAACACAGCCUUCUCCGGAUGGAUCUGAAACACUGCAGAGAUAAUACAACACAGUUUGUUCCCCCUGCUGGAGCCAUUCCAGGAGCCACCCAGGAACUUACUGAAGAAAAAAUUGAAUUGUUGACUAGAGAGAUUCCACUUGCUUUGGAAAAACAAAGCCCAUUGGAGACCUGUCCUUCUUGUGAGGUACCUACGGUAAACAAGCCUAGAGAGGACCAAAUUUGUGUAGUUGACUACUCCUGCAAAGAUGACCUUCCCAUUUCUGCCAGACCAGCUUGUAGUAACAAACUGAUAGAUUAUAUUUUGGGAGGUGUGUCCAGUGACCUGGAAACAAGUUCUGAUUCCGAAGGUGAGGGUUGGGAUGAGGAAGCUGAGGAUGAUGGUUUUGAUAGUGAUAGCUCCCUGUCAGCAUCAGACCUUGAACAAGACUCUGAAGGGCUUCACCUUUGGAACUCCUUUUACAGUGUAGAUCCUUAUAAUCCCCAAAACUUUACAGCAACAAUGCAGACUGCUGCCAGAAUUGUUUCUGAAGACCUUUCUGAUUCAGAGAAUGAUUUAUCUGACAGGUCUGACCUAGCGAAUUCUUCCCAGACCGGAAGCCUUCCUGAGAGCCUUGACCAUAAUUCUGGGGAGGAAGAUGAUUGGGAAUCUAGUGCAGAUGAAGCAGAGAGUCUCAAACUUUGGAACUCUUUCUGUAAUUCUGAUGACCCCUACAACCUUUUAAAUUUUAAGGCUCCUUUUCAAACAUCAGGGAAAAAUUGGAAAGGCUCUUGUGACACAAAGAGACUAUCUGAGUCCAUUGUGGCCAUUUCUGAUUCUUGCACCUUACUUUCUUGUAAAGUGCAACUGUUAGGAAGCCAAGAAAGUGGAUGUCCAGACUUGGUACAGCGUGAGGUUCUUUCUGGAGAAAGACACACACAUAUCAAAAGAAAAAAGGUAACCUUUCUUGAAGAAGUUACUGAGUAUUAUAUAAGUGGUGAUGAGGAUCGCAAAGGACCAUGGGAAGAAUUUGCAAGAGAUGGAUGCAGGUUCCAGAAACGAAUUCAAGAAACAGAAGAUGCUAUUGGAUAUUGCUUGACAUUUGAGCACAGAGAAAGAGUAUAUAAUAGACUCCAGAUGCUUCAGAGGACUUCAUGUUUUUGAGCAAUGUUAAGAUCAGUUACAUAUGACAGCCUGUUGUCCUAACAUACAUUACCUCCUACUUGAGAGGUUUCUUUUAAAAACAAAUAUUGGCAGCUGUCCUUUGACCUUUUUUUUAGAGGAAAUGUAACUUGGAUCCAGUGAUCUGAUUUUUUUUUGGGGGGGGGCAACAUAUCCCACAUAGAAACAUUCAGGUUUGAAGUCAUUCCUGAUGAAGAAAAAGAUAGUUGUUUUUUUUAUUGUUUGUUUUAAAUGACCUUUACUUGCUUAGAGUUGUCCUUUUGCACUUUCAAAACUUAAUUGUCUUGGAAAAUUAUAUUUAUAGGGCUUAAAGCCUGUUUUAGUCUUAGUUUAAGUUACAUAUGCCUGUCUGAAAACUGUGCUCUUGUUUGAAAUCAGUGCGCUUCUGUUUUUCUAUAUUUUUAAUUUCUGUGAUUAGACCUACCUCCCUUAUAUUGAAAAAAAUAAUCUUUUUUUUUUUUUUUGUAGAGACGGAGUCUCACUGUACCUCCCUCGGGUAGAGUGCUGUGGUGUCACACAGCUCACAGCAACCUCUAACUCUUGGGCUGAUGCGAUUUUCUUGCCUCAGCCUCCUGAGCAGCUGGGACUACAGGAGCCUGCCACAACGCCCGGCUAUUUUU